GGAGUAUUUUUCCUUCGAGGACUCCGCCCUCUUCAUUGCCAUUUUCUCAGCAUUUUUCAUGGCCAGUUUCUGUGAUCGCCUCCUGAGGCAGCACUUAACAAUAGAUAGCGCCACGCCUAACAGAACGACCAAGGCAAUCACUGCUAUCAGCACAGGUAUGAAGAUGUAGGCUUGGUCUCCACUCUUGUCCACUAUCUCAACGUCAUCUGUAGGGGAAGUUGGAGUGGGUUGGUCCGGCAGAGAGGUGAGAAAAGGCUUCUCCCGAAUUGCUGGCUUGGAAGUUGGGGUAUAGUCUUGGACCAAAUGUUUGUCACUUCUUUCAGGAGUAAUGGUAGCUGCUGGUAGUUCAUUGCAUGCCACUGAGCCCUCAUCUUGAAGAUUUCCAUUUUUAUUGUAGCAUUUACAGAGGAAAGAACCCUCAGUGUUGACACACUGAUCUUUACAGGGCUGAUCUCUGCAUUCGUCAAUGUCCACACAGUUUCCAGACCCAUCUGUGAUAUAACCUGCUUCGCAUGAAGCACAAAUUCCAUCUAUAGCCAAUCCAUCUACACGUUCCCAUUUCAGAGUCAUUGCAGAGCAAGUCAGUUCAAAAUUUUCCCCAGACCAACAAUCCAGAUUCAGUUUAUGAGGAUCAUUUGGGUCUGGCCUGAGUGAUCGUGCCUUAGGUAUGUGUGGGGUAGGACACUGCUUCAUAAUAGGUUCCUCUCCAUAACGUUGUUUGCAAAUGAAUGGACGCUCUGUCUUACAGGUACUGGGAACAAACCCCCAGUUCACAAUCUCAGUUCCAUUAAACUCACCAGAGAGAAAUACACACUGUAUACCCGUGCAGGUUAUUUGGGGCAAAGACUUCCACUGAUCCAGUUCUGUGUCACUGCUGCUAUCCACUGUCCACUUGAAACCAUUCAGAGGUGCGUCAUGUUUCACGCAAGACCACUUUCCUUUCCUCAAGCCCACCCAGAACUGAAAUGUACGUUCUGCGGACGGUAUGUCCGAGAUUACUUUCAAAAUCUUUGAGGCUUCCUCCAUACUGGCCACUUUAGUUAGGAAACUGCCGGGCAGACAGGCUUCUGAAGCUUUGUCAAAGUUGAGAGGAUUCAGAUGAAGAGUAUAGGGUUCAGCAACAGGAACACACAGACCUACCCCCAAGACACUCCACAGACAUAUCCAAUAGUACUCCAUUCUCCCCGCUCGCACCAUCGAUCUGACGGUAGUGGUUCUCAGUCAGGCUGACAAUGGUCCUCCUACUAGCUGCUUCUGUAAUGGACUGGCUGACAAUGCUCAUUUUCCUGCUGCUUUCUUAACUGCCCCUAAUAGGUCCUCCCAAGACAACAAGCACAGGAAGUGUGUUUAGACUUGAUGCAGCCAUCCACUUCCUCUGCAGAGAGGGUGGUGGCACAGCCAAACAAAGCAACUUAGAAACUAAUUACCUAGUCAUUAAAGUACACAGUAGCCUAAGGUCCAAUGCCUGGAGAUGAGUAGUGAGAAAUAUACACUAAUGUAGUCCAGGUCCUGUCAGCCGAACUCCAGUAACGGACAUCCUUUGACUCUUUGAUAAUAUUUCCCUAUGAGAUCACCAGGCCAGCUUCACUUUUGUUGUGGGAGCUGCAGGAAGUUUUCCUUCACAGAAAAGAGAACCAGAGAGGUGCACAGAUCCAACUGGAAAAACAGAACUUGUGAGAGGAUAUGCUAGCCUGCUGAUACAGUGUCCUGGUAUCAGGAUGUGAUGAUAAAAAGCGGAUGUUGUAUGAUUCAUUCCUCAGGGAAUAGACCCCUCCUGUGGUUUGGUUUUUAUCAACCCUGAAACACAAAACUCAGAAUGGUGUCAUUGAAUAACAACUACACUUUGUGAGGCAUUCAGGGGGUCCCCCACUUGGGAUAUACAGAUUAUUCCAUGUUCACUAAGUAAAUUACUAUUUAUAAUAACAACUAACAACAACUAAUAACAAGAUAACUAAUAAUGUAAGCAUACUGUGUCCAUAAUAAGUAUAUAGGUUGUAGGUUGGGAGCUUUUGUGAAAGAGCACAGUUAGAAAGAUAUGGCAUAUAGAAGCAAACCGGAUGGACAUCAUGAAAAUGAUCGGAGAGGUUGAGAGUAGAAGAAGUUGAGGAGAAAAAACAAACAAAAUAUAAUUGUUGUAAAAUUGACUGUGUCCAUAAAAUGUAUAUAGUAAGUAUAAGCUGGAAGUAGAGGCCUAAGCAUUGUUGUUCACUAGUUUACUCCAAUUAGGGAAAGGGUGGUGGGGUUGGAAAGUAAUAAAGGGGAAUAUAUAUUUUUUAAAGGAUAUGUGUGUGUGUGUACAGUGAGGGAAAAAAGUAUUUGAUCCCCUGCUGAUUUUGUACAUUUGCCCACUGACAAAGACAUGAUCAGUCUAUAAUUUUCAUGGUAGGUUUAUUUGAACAGUGAGAGACAGAAUACCAACAACAAAAUCCAGAAAAACGCAUGUAAAAAAUGUUAUAAAUUGAUUUGCAUUUUAAUGAGGGAAAUAAGUAUUUGACCCCCUCUCAAUCAGAAAGAUUUCUGGCUCCCAGGUGUCUUUUAUACAGGUAACGAACUGAGAUUAGGAGCCCACUCUUAAAGGGAGGCUCCUAAUCUCAGUUUGUUACCUGUAUAAAAGACACCUGUCAACAGAAGCAAUCAAUCAAUCAGAUUCCAAACUCUCCACCAUGGCCAAGACCAAAGAGCUCUCCAAGGAUGUCAGGGACAAGAUUGUAGACCUACACAAGGCUGGAAUGGGCUACAAGACCAUCGCCAAGCAGCUUGGUGAGAAGGUGACAACAGUUAUUUAUUAUACAGUAGUGAUUAUUCGCAAAUGGAAGAAACACAAAAUAACUGUCCAUCUCCCUCGGCCUGGGGCUCCAUGCAAGAUCUCACCUCGUGGAGUUGCAAUGAUCAUGAGAUCGGUGAGGAAUCAGCCCAGAACUACACAGGAGGAUCUUGUCAAUGAUCUCAAGGCAGCUGGGACCAUAGUCACCAAGAAAACAAUUGGUAACACACUACGCCGUGAAGGACUGAAAUCCUGCAGCGCCCGCAAGGUCCCCCUGCUCAAGAAAGCACAUAUACAGGGCCGUCUGAAGUUUGCCAAUGAACAUCUGAAUGAUUCAGAGGAGAACUGGGAGAAAGUGUUGUGGUCAGAUGAGACCAAAAUCAAGCUCUUUGGCAUCAACUCAACUCGCCGUGUUUGGAGGAGGAGGAAUGCUGCCUAUGACCCCAAGAACACCACCCCCAACGUCAUGGAGGUGAAAACAUUAUGCUUUGGGGGUGUUUUUCUGCUAAGGGGACAGGACAACUUCACCGCAUCAAAGGGACGAUGGAUGGAGCCAUGUACCGUCAAAUCUUGGGUGAGAACCUCCUUCCCUCAGCCAGGGCAUUGAAAAUGGGUUGUGGAUGGGUAUUCCAGCAUGACAAUGACCCAAAACACACGGCCAAGGCAACAAAGGAGUGGCUCAAGAAGAAGCACAUUAAGGUCCUGGAGUGGCCUAGCCAGUCUCCAGGCCUUAAUCCCAUAGAAAAUCUGUGGAGGGAGCUGAAGGUUCGAGUUGCCAAACGUCAGCCUCGAAACCUUAAUGACAGAGAAGAUCUGCAAAGAGGAGUGGGCCAAAAUCCCUCCUGAGAUGUGUGCAAACCUGGUGGCCAACUUAAAGAAACGUCUGACCUCUGUGAUUGCCAACGAGGGUUUUGCGAAAAAGUACUAAGUCAUGUUUUGCAGAGGGGUCAAAUACUUAUUUCCCUCAUUAAAAUGCAAAUCAAUUUCUAACAUUUUUGACAUGCAUUUUUCUGGAUUUUUUUGUUGUUAUUCUGUCUCUCACUGUUCAUAUAAACCUACCAUUAAAAUUAUAGACUGAUCAUGUCUUUGUCAGUGGGCAAACGUACAAAAUCAGCAGGGGAUGUAUGUAUGUAUGUAUAUGUGUGUGUGUGUGUGUGUGUGUGUGUGUGUGUGUGUGUGUGUGUGUGUGUGUGUGUGUAUGUAUGUAUGUAUGUAUGUAUGUAUGUAUGUAUAUAUAUAUAUAUAAACAUGGGGGAUUGGAAGUGAUGCAGACAAUUACAUUGAUGGAAGUUACAAUCUAUCUGCAAUAUUAAGCUGAUCCACCCCCUAAAAAAAAAAAGUAAAUUACUAUUAUUUAGGUUCUGCGGCAGAGUUUCUUUAUCAGAAAUAAGCAGAUGCUUCCUGGGGGAAGUGCCAGAGAAUGGCAGGAAGAGAGGCUGAGCUGGAGGGCCUCUGCAGCACUACCCAGACAGGAGAGGGCCUUGUCCACAGCACUACCCAGACAGGAGAGGGCCUUGUCCACAGCACUACCCAGACAGGAGAGGGCCUUGUCCACAGCACUACCCAGACAGGAGAGGGCCUUGUCCACAGCACUACCCAGACAGGAGAGGGCCUUGUCCACAGCACUACCCAGACAGGAGCAGUUAGAGGGACACAGAUAGGGGGAGGGGCUGGGGAACCAGAGGAAAUUGAAUUAUUAGUGACAGGAAAAGGAAUGACCCCAAAAGCCAUCAGAGAGCGAGAACAA